CUCCUAAGCAACCGGAAGACCAAUAGCAAACCAGAUUAAGAGUUUCAUCUCAUUCCAUUUCCAUUUCGAUUUCGUUUCAUUUUUCAAGAAAUGGUGAAGGAAACAGAGAAUCAGUUAAAGAAACCCAGGUUUUUAUGUCUCCAUGGAUUCAGAACAAGCGGUGAAAUUCUCAAGAAACAGAUUCAUAAAUGGCCUGAAUCUCUUCUUCAGAAGCUUGAUUUAGUGUUUCUUGACGGAUCCUACCCGGCUAGUGGAAAAUCUGACGUUGAAGGCAUUUUUGAUCCUCCUUAUUACGAGUGGUUCCAGUUCAACAAGGAAUUUACAGAGUAUACGAAUUUUGAAGAGUGUCUUGCUUACAUAGAAGAUUUCAUGAUUAAAAAUGGACCGUUUGAUGGUCUCCUGGGUUUCUCUCAGGGAGCUAUCCUAUCGGGGGGAUUGCCGGGUCUGCAAACCAGUGGUGUGGCCCUAACCAAGGUACCUAAAAUAAAGAAUUUAAUAAUAAUUGGAGGGGCUAAGUUUAAAGCACCAUCUGUGGCUGAGAAGGCAUAUAGUUCUCCUAUUCAAUGUUCAUCCCUUCAUUUUUUGGGAGAGACGGACUUCUUGAAGCCAUUUGGAUUGGAGCUCUUGGAAUCAUACAUAGACCCUGUUGUGAUUCAUCACCCAAAGGGCCAUACUAUACCGAGACUUGAUGAAAAAGGCCAGGAGACCAUGCUCAGCUUCAUUGAAAGGAUUGAAGGUGCCCAGAAAGUAAAUACUGAAAGUGUUUAGAUUAGCCUCAUGAUAGACAUAAGAAAUAUUUGUAGUGUCAUCAUCUUACUGAUACAAAAUCAGUCAUAAUAUUUAUCUAAUUGGAGAAAAUUGUAGCUACUUGUAAUCCCAUCUAUCAUUUGAUCUUUAAAUCAAUACUUAAUUUCUACUUA